AUGGGAGCAUCUCGCAUACACUCCGGCCAUGUCAAUGGGCCGAGAAUCCAGCCAUUAGGUGCCUACACCGGCUACUCGAAGAAGAGGCAGAACCGACGGCUGAAUGUGGCGACGACGUUUGUGGUGACGGGUGACGGUGAUGGUGAUGGUGAGGCUGUUGUUAGCACCGGCCUAGCAGCAAUUGUGCCUGAUUCCGGGGUUGGUUGGAGUAUGCACGCAACCGGUAUGGAGAACUGGAGCACGUUGUAUCCGUCUGCAUGCCAGAUGUGGAAGAACUUUCAGGCUGAGAAGGGAAGACAUUGGACUACUACUCCGUACUCGUCUGCCCCGAUGAAACCCUCAAAACGGGCUGUUCCCAGAGGAGAGGACUCAACUGCACAAGUAUCGGUACCCGUGCAUCGACGGCAUCUCGGACCGCCAUUGGCGACCCCAUGCACGGGGGCUCGUCCCGCGCUCUCAGACACCAGCGGCAGUGGCACAGGUCUCACAGGGGGGUUGAGCGCCGAAAUGGUGGGCGUCUCGCGCACAAAGAGCAAGUACCUGUACAUAGUACCUCUGCUUGGACACCCACCACCAACAUGCAACGAAGCAGAAAAAUCACCUCAACGGUGCGAGGGGGAUGCCAGCAGCUCACUUCGUGUAAAGCGCCAUGACGAUGAAUUGGGCGUAAAAAUUGGAUGCCUCUGUAUGCUGCAUGAGGCACUUGUGAACCAACGUGCAUCUACACCGUAUGUAUCAAACCAGAAGGGAAAAUCUAUUUGGGAGACAAGGAAACAUUGGAGCCCCAGCAUCUCGGCGAUGAGAAAAGGCCAGGGAUCUGCACGCAAAGAGGUUACCGCCCUUGUCGAUUUUCAUCCAUCGUCUUCGGUUUUUGCCGAGUUCCCUGGCAACCUGGGAAGCCUUGCUUUCUUGGGGGGUGGUAGCCUCAGAGGCAUACUUUGGAGCCCUGCAAAAGUGACGGCCACUAUGCAAGUGACAGGUUACUCGGCCAUGUACAUUGGACGCUUCGCCGUGGUACCGGUACAUGCGACGCUUGGUUGCCCCAUCUGCGAACAGCAAUUUUUCUCGCAGAGCCCACCCGCAAGCACCAGCUCGAAAAAACGGUCAACGAAUUCGCCCGCUCUUGUGGCUGCCGCCUUCCAUUCCACUGCAACAACUCUCAUGCUCAUACUGUGCAUAUUUGGAAUGCUUGUACGACUACGGAGUACAGCGCCGGUACUUUUGCCCUCGAUCCAAUUUCAAAUCACCCUCCAAACCCACAUUCUUCAACGAGCCCCUCCCGCGGCUGAAGCUGCCGCGCCCCGCUUGCAUCACCGACUUUAA